AUGCCUGAAAUCGCUGAAGUCGCGAGGGUCACCCACUAUCUCCGCCAACACCUGGUCGGGAAGAAGAUCAAAAAAGUGACGGCCCCGGAUGAUACAAAUGUUUUUGGCAAGGUUGGCACGAGCGGGCCGGCUUUCGAAAAGGCUCUCGCUGGCCGCAAGGUGGUCGGCGCCGGGAGCCAGGGCAAAUACUUUUGGCUGCAACUCGACAAGCCGCCGCAUCCGGUCAUGCACCUGGGCAUGACGGGCUGGGUGCACAUUCGCGGCCAGCAGACGGCCUACACGCGCUACGCAGAGCGGACCAAAGGGGAGGCUGAAGUCUGGCCGCCACGGUUCUGGAAGUUCCAGCUCGAGACGGAGGGGAAAGGCGAGGACGACAAGACCGAGGUUGCCUUUACAGACGCCCGCCGCUUUGGCCGCAUCCGCCUCGUCGACUGCCCCGGCGCAGACAUUCGGAGCCACUCGCCGCUCGUGGAGAAUGGCCCGGACCCCGUCGUCGACCGCGACGUCUUCACCGAGGAAUACCUGCGGACCAAGAUGCGGAGCCGCCACGUCCCCGUCAAGGCGCUGCUGCUCGAUCAGGCCAUGAUCUCGGGCAUUGGCAACUGGGUCGGCGACGAGAUCAUGUACCAAGCCAAACUCCACCCAGAGCAGUACAGCGACGAUUUCAGCGACGAGGACAUUGCCAAACUGUACAAGGCCGCCACGUACGUCUGCGAUACGGCCGUCGGCGUCUUGGGCGAUUCGGACCGUUUCCCCGCCGACUGGCUGUUCCAGCACCGUUGGGGCAAGGGUAAAAAGGAUCACCCGACGGCACUGCCUACAGGCGAAAAGAUUGUCUUUAUCACCGUCGGUGGCCGCACCAGCUGUGUCGUGCCCAGCGUUCAGCGCAAGACGGGCAAGGCGACGGUCAGCGAUACAAAGGAAGAGGUCCAGGCGCUGAAGGAGCAGGAGGGGACACAAGAGGAAGACGGAGGCGGCAAGGUUGAGAGCAAGUUUUUCCAGAGCAAAGGGAAAUCCAGAGCCACAAAGAGCAAGGCUCAGCCGCCCGCCAAGACGACGAGUAAUGGCACUGUAGGCAAGCGAAAGGCCAUCAAGGAUGAAGAAGUCGACGUUCCUAUCGAAAAUACCAAAAAGGCCAGAAAAGCCCCGUCGAGCAAAGAGGAAGAUGAUGUCAAGCCCGACGUUCAGAAAAGAGCAUCCAAGAAAGGCAAGUCUAAUGAUGAGAAAGCGGCUCUGCCCGUAGUGGAUGCUGGAGGGAGGAGGCGUUCGGGAAGAUUAAGUGGCAAGAUGGCCUAA